GUGAUAUGUCAAUAACCAGGAAACAAGAUGGUGCAGGACUUGGUCUCUCAAUUUGUAAGAGUUUAGUAGAAAUUAAUGGAGGAGAAAUUAAAGCAGAAAGCCAGUUGGGAAAAGGAAGUAAAUUUUGGUUCACAUGGAACAUUGAAUUAUUAUCAUCAACAACACCAACUAUUUCAUCGACGAUAACACCAACUAUCUCUUCGUUGAUAACACAAACUAUUUCAUCGUCGAUAACGCAAACUAUUUCAUCGUCGAUAACGCCAACUAUUUCAAAGCUUCCAAAUUCCUCAUUAUUAGAAGCACAAUAUGAUAAGCAAAUAAACUUUACAUUACCUAAUUUUAUAAGAAAAAAACGAAUACUAAUAAUUCACCCAGUAAAAAACUUAAGAAACGCAAUGCUAACAUAUUUUAAAACUGUUGAAAAAGUUGAUGCAUUCGAUACAUUUAACGAAGGUAUUAAAGCUGCCCAAACAUAUAAAGAAUUUUAUAAUCAAUCUGCUUAUGACGUAGCAUUCAUCGGCCUUUAUGAAGAUAAUGAAAAUGAGGUCAUGAAAGCAUCAUUAGAGUUAAAAGCAUUGGAUAUGAAUAGUAAUAGACUAGUUAUAUUUUUUAUAGUAUUUCCAAAUAAUGAAGGAAAUGGGUUUGAAAGAAAAAUAAUUCGAAUGUUUGGAGAAACCACUUCUGUUCUUUACACUCCAAUUACAUGGAAAAAGUUGAUUAAUCAAAUUACUCGUUUAGAAAAAAAUAUCGUAUAA